AUAUACUUUUCUUUAUAUGUUUUAUUUUAUUAAUUUGAGCAAUAUGUUACAAGAUUGUCAAUGCUUUUGCUCAGUUCAAUCUGGUUUAAGGUCAAGAAGAUGAUGAGUAAUGAAGUUCAAACUGAAAAAGUGCCGUAGCAAGGUGUAGUCUUAUGAUAAAGGAAUUAGAGACUAGAGUAGAGUGUUCGGUAACAUAGAAUAGAAGCUUUUGGCUUUUGGGACAUAGGUUGAGGAAAAAAGGGUCCAUUGAAAAAAUUUGUUAGCUUUUAACUUUUUGUGGGGGGUUUUGGAGGGUUUUGUUUUAUAGCAGCAAAACGGUGGGAAGAGGGAACAUUGGUGGUAGAGUUGUGGCUGAUAUUUCUCCAAAGAACCAUUCAUGCCUGGUUUCUCAGCUUUUGAGUUACCUCUUUCUUCUCCUCUCAUUUCAAUGUCAAAGCAAAAUUUCCCUACCUUGUCUUUCUCCAAUCAGAGGGAAAUGAUGGAGGGCCACAGUGAACUUGGUCUUAUUGGAGAUCAUUUUGACGGCGGUUUGCUGGGCAGGAUUAAGGAGGAUGGGUAUGAAAGCCGGUCCGGUAGCGACAAUUUCGAAGGUGCAUCUGGUGAUGAUCAAGAGGCUGCUAAUGAUCAGCCAAAGAGGAAGAAGAAAUACCACAGGCACACUCCUCACCAAACUCAGGAGCUUGAAGCUUUCUUCAAGGAUUGUAAUCAUCCUGAUGAGAAGCAAAGGGCAGAUCUUAGUAGAAGGCUUGGCUUGGAGAAUAAGCAAGUCAAGUUCUGGUUUCAAAAUCGACGAACCCAAAUGAAGACUCAAAUCGAGCGCCAUGAGAACAUGAUUCUUAAGCAGGAAAAUGAGAGGCUCCGAGCUGAGAACAGUGUGAUGAGGGAAGCUAUGGCAAACCCAAUGUGCAACAACUGUGGUGGAACAGCCAUUCCAGGACAAAUUUCAUUUGAUGAGCAUCAGAUUAGAAUUGAAAAUGCUCGGUUGAAGGAUGAAUUGAACCGUAUAUGUGCCUUGGCAAACAAGUUUCUCGGCAGGCCAAUCUCAUCAUUGGCCAGCCCCAUGUCCUUGCCUGCCUCGAAUUCUGGUCUAGAGCUGGGUAUUGGCAGGAAUGGUUUUAGUGGUGGUUCAAGCGGUCUUGGCAUGUCAAUGGGGCUUGAUUUUGGGGACUUUUCAGGGGGCACUCUGCCUGCGAUUUCCGGGAUUAGAUCACCGAUGGGGUUGAUGGGAAAUGAAAUCCAUGCGGAGAGAUCUAUGCUAUUGGAACUUGCAUUAGUGGCUAUGGACGAAUUAAUCAAGAUGGCUCAGGCAGAUAGCCCACUUUGGAUUAAGAUGGAUGGCGGGAAGGAAAUUCUGAACCAAGAAGAGUAUGCAAGAAUGUCUUCUUUUAUUUCUCCAACAUCUCCGGGAUAUGUAACUGAAGCUUCGAGAGAAACCGGUGUAGUAAUAAUCAACAGUUCAGCCCUCGUUGAAACAAUGAUGGACCCGGAACGAUGGUCGGAGAUGUUUCCUUCUAUGGUUUCUAGAGCUAUAACCCUUGAUGUUAUAGCUAGUGGCAUGGGUGGAUCAAGAAAUGGAUCUUUGCAAGUGGUAUGUCUCUAUUCUGAAUGUUUGUUUCUUUCCUGUUGCUGGUCCAUCAUGGGCACCCUUUGCUUCUUGGAUCACUGGUUGAUUACUUGGGUUGAGCAUUCCCAAUAUGAUGAGAGUCUCAUUCACCAACUAUAUCGGCCGUUGAUUGCUGUUGAGGAAUCUAAUGGGAAUAAGGAUGCUAUGGACCUUGAGAUUCGUUCAAGAGGGAAUGUGGUAGGGAAACUAUAUUUCUCCAAAGAACCAUUCAUGCCUGGUUUCUCAGCUUUUGAGUUACCUCUUUCUUCUCCUCUCAUUUCAAUGUCAAAGCAAAAUUUCCCUACCUUGUCUUUCUCCAAUAGGGAAAUGAUGGAGGGCCACAGUGAACUUGGUCUUAUUGGAGAUCAUUUUGACGGCGGUUUGCUGGGCAGGAUUAAGGAGGAUGGGUAUGAAAGCCGGUCCGGUAGCGACAAUUUCGAAGGUGCAUCUGGUGAUGAUCAAGAGGCUGCUAAUGAUCAGCCAAAGAGGAAGAAGAAAUACCACAGGCACACUCCUCACCAAACUCAGGAGCUUGAAGCUUUCUUCAAGGAUUGUAAUCAUCCUGAUGAGAAGCAAAGGGCAGAUCUUAGUAGAAGGCUUGGCUUGGAGAAUAAGCAAGUCAAGUUCUGGUUUCAAAAUCGACGAACCCAAAUGAAGACUCAAAUCGAGCGCCAUGAGAACAUGAUUCUUAAGCAGGAAAAUGAGAGGCUCCGAGCUGAGAACAGUGUGAUGAGGGAAGCUAUGGCAAACCCAAUGUGCAACAACUGUGGUGGAACAGCCAUUCCAGGACAAAUUUCAUUUGAUGAGCAUCAGAUUAGAAUUGAAAAUGCUCGGUUGAAGGAUGAAUUGAACCGUAUAUGUGCCUUGGCAAACAAGUUUCUCGGCAGGCCAAUCUCAUCAUUGGCCAGCCCCAUGUCCUUGCCUGCCUCGAAUUCUGGUCUAGAGCUGGGUAUUGGCAGGAAUGGUUUUAGUGGUGGUUCAAGCGGUCUUGGCAUGUCAAUGGGGCUUGAUUUUGGGGACUUUUCAGGGGGCACUCUGCCUGCGAUUUCCGGGAUUAGAUCACCGAUGGGGUUGAUGGGAAAUGAAAUCCAUGCGGAGAGAUCUAUGCUAUUGGAACUUGCAUUAGUGGCUAUGGACGAAUUAAUCAAGAUGGCUCAGGCAGAUAGCCCACUUUGGAUUAAGAUGGAUGGCGGGAAGGAAAUUCUGAACCAAGAAGAGUAUGCAAGAAUGUCUUCUUUUAUUUCUCCAACAUCUCCGGGAUAUGUAACUGAAGCUUCGAGAGAAACCGGUGUAGUAAUAAUCAACAGUUCAGCCCUCGUUGAAACAAUGAUGGACCCGGAACGAUGGUCGGAGAUGUUUCCUUCUAUGGUUUCUAGAGCUAUAACCCUUGAUGUUAUAGCUAGUGGCAUGGGUGGAUCAAGAAAUGGAUCUUUGCAAGUGAUGCAAGCGGAGAUUCAAUUGCUUUCGCCACUUGUUCCUGUUCGUCAAUUGAGCUUCCUCAGGUUUUGCAAGCAGCAUGCAGAAGGGUUGUGGGCAGUGGUAGAUGCUUCAAUUGAUGCUGGUCGCAAUUUUAAGAGGCUUCCAUCAGGCUUUCUUGUGCAAGAUACACCAAACGGUUUCUCAAAGAUUACUUGGGUUGAGCAUUCCCAAUAUGAUGAGAGUCUCAUUCACCAACUGUAUCGGCCGUUGAUUGCUUCCGGCCUCGGCUUCGGCGCUCCUAGAUGGAUUGCCACUCUCCAAAGGCAGUGUGAAUGUUUGGCAAUACACAUGUCCUCUUCAAUCCCAAGCGAGGACGCCACAGCCAUAAGCCCAGCUGGUAGGAGAAGCAUGCUGAAGCUUGCGCAACGCAUGGCUAAUAACUUCUUUUCCGGGAUUUGUCUGUCUUCAUCGCAAAAAUGGGACACACACCAUCUCGGCAAUGUUGGUGAUGAGAUCAAAGUCAUGACCCGGAAAAACAUUGAUGUCCCCGGUGAGCCCCCUAGCAUAGUCUUGUGUGCGGCCACUUCAGUUUGGAUGCCGGUGUCGCGGCAGAGGGUGUUUGACUUCUUGCGUGACGAACGGAUGAGAGGGGAGUGGGUCAUCUUAUCCGCCAUUGGACAAAUGAAGGAGAUGCUUCGCAUUUCUAAAGGACAAGUUGAUGGAAAUUCCUUAUCGGUCCUUCGUGCUAAUGCUAAUAAUGGGGGCGAGAGCAGCAACAACACGCUGUUUUUGCAGGAGACAUGGAACGAUACCUCGUGCUCGGCGUUGCUGUAUUCGCCGGUCGAGGUGGAAUCGUUGAAAGUGGUAAUGAGUGGAGGAGAUUCCACAUAUGUUGCUCUCAUCCCUUCAGGCUUUACCAUUCAUCCGGAUGGUCAUUCCGGCACACAAGACGGAGAUGACGGUGGCAGUUCCGGAUGCCUGCUCACAGUUGGGCUACAGAUAUUGCUGAACAGCCUCCCCACGGCCAAGCUCACGGCGGAGUCGGUCGAAACCGUGAACGACCUCAUCACAGGCACCAUUCAGAAGAUCAAAGCUUCACUAGGAGUUGCAUAGUUGCUCACACACAGCCUUUUACGUUUUCAUUUUCUUUCUUAUAAAAAAGAGAACUAUAAUUUUCUGCUUCGAAAAGUGAAAAUAGGGUUUACAUAUUUGGAUGUGUAUAUAAUAUGAGAGAGUAGUAUAAGAGAAGAGGGUGGUGAAUAUGAAAGGGGUUUGGAGUCAAGAACGAACCGCAAUUGUAGUGGUUCGGGUAUUGACUCGUUCACCUGAAAAACAAACAGGUCUGGUUCAUGCAUGGUUUUUGCACUUUUGCUUAUAUAGACUAUGAUGAUAUACACAUAUUAAGAUGAACUUAUGGAUAUUGAUUUUGUAGUUA